AUGGGUGUGUUCUAUCAGGAAGAGCCACCCCCACAAAACCCGUCAAAGAAAUGCAAGUUCCUCCUGGUUUCAACUCUCAAAGAUGCCUUCUCCAUCUGUCGAUCUUGUGGCGGCCACAUAAGCUCUCUUCAGCAGCAGCAGGAUGAUGUUUAUGUUCCCAACACGACAAUUGAACUCGAAGAUGUUGAUGAUCACGAAGUUUUCGUGUCAGCAAUCAGGAGCAGAGCCAUGGAGAAGUCGAAGUAGAAGGUGUUUGUGAUCACAUAUAGCUUUUCAGGGGAACUGCUCUUUAGUCCCGAGAAGCAGAAGGAUGGAGAAGUUGAAAAGGAUGAAGAUUUAUUCUCUGUUGGGAGCUGUCUUUCGUGUUGUUUGAGCGGGUUGAGCAAGGGGGGCGAAGAGUUCUUCUCAGUGAAGACAAACUUGUUGUCGAGGUGUUCGAGCUUGAGUCAGGUAGAGUUCCCAAGUUUUCACAGGCGGGUUUCGAUAUUGCAGGAGCUCUGCCACUGCCAAGGGUGGCCAUUCGGUCUCUGCAGGAAGGCUGUUUUGCUCCCACCUCUGCCUAAGUCUCCCUCUGAUUCCUGGCUAUGGCGGAAAGGCACUAGAUCAGCCAGGCUGCCUUAGAGUUCUUGCAGCUUGCAACAAAGACGAGAACCUUUGGAAGAGUUUGAGAAUAAGAUAGACUGUUGCGGAAGGACGAUGCGAAGUUUAUUGUUCUGUCAUAUUGCCAUGUCUAUUCCCACGUAUCAGAUUCUAGAUUGGAAAUCAAAA